AGCACACAGCAGCACACGAGCACAAGGACCGCUGAUGAUUAAGGUGGGCAGGAAAGCACAUCCGCGAAUGGGUUAGCUUGAAAGUACAAUAGUCAGACGUUAGCAUAUGAGGGAGGAAAGAAUCACGGAUGAGAGAAUGGGUGGCACGGAUAUUGGGAUUACAGAAGGGAAAGAAUAACUGCAAUCGAUCUGACAAAAAGAAAAAAGAAAAACGGUUUUUGAAGGACAACUACACUGCGUUUUAGUGUGUUAACAUCUUAAGUUUUGAAUACAAAGAAGUGAAAACCUAAUGUGCAAAAUGAAUGAUGCAAAGCAAAAUGGGUUGUUGUUGUGACCCUUAAGCAGCUAGGCAAACUAAGUAUAAUACUUGGAUGCUGUCCAGAGAGAGGCGGACCGUUAAGCAAACUGAUUAAAACAAUGAAUGGACGGACUGGAGAUAAGCGAUGAAUGGAAAAAAAAAUGAAUAAGCUUCGGAGAAUUCAAUGGUUACAGCACGCUAGAAAGCAAACCGUUUUUAUUUCGGCUCUUGCAGAAGGAAAAGUACAAAACAAUGACACACGCUGCCAGGCAUUUCUAAGAAAAGGGGAAGAAAAAAAAGCACCAAAGGAAGAAAGUUUAUAUGGCGCAUUUGAAGAGUUUUAACUCUGCAGAACAAAACGUAUCCGAACAGUUUUAUAUAUUAAAUUUUCCGGUGGUUUUUACUUGUCGAAUAGCAUGUACAAACUGAUGAAGUUGUGUUGCUUCAAUGAAACUGUACUCAUUCUAAUAUAUUUAUACGACAGAUAUAUGCAAUGAAUGUACAGUAACUGUGGAGGCAACAGCACAGGAAAUCAGUUGUUAAAUCAACAAGGAGUUAAAAGAUUUUGAAUCUAAGCCAAAACUUAUUUAAAUAUGUAAUAGAGCAAGUUACUGUAAUGCUUUAAACUCAGACGUAAACUAGAAAAAGUGCAUCCAUUGGCUAGUUAAAUCAGGACACCUGUUGACAAAACCAGAGAAUGCUUUUAACUGUAUGUUUUAGGAUUUUUUUAACGUUUUUUUUUUUCAAUUUGCUAGGGGGUAAAUGGUAACGUGACAGUAUGGUUAUUAUGAUCAUCGAAAUCAUCAUCCUGUGUAACACAAAGUGUUGAGAAUACUCUCAUAGACUGAACCAGCGUACGGGACACUGAAUGUCGCCAGAAUUAACUGCCCGGUGCCUACAAGGAUGAGGAGAGGAUGGAUGGGGGAAGUCACCCUCUAAUGAAAAACCUUUCAUGGGGAGGCAACCUGUUGGUGAUCAUCUCCGUCUUCAGAAACAAGAAACUCAGGAAAGCAGGAAAUGCCUUUGUUGUUAGCCUGGCUGUAGCAGACCUCGUGGUGGCCAUCUACCCCUACCCGCUGGUUCUGACGGCUAUCUUCCAUGACGGUUGGAGCCUGGGCUACAUUCACUGCCAGAUCAGCGGCUUCCUCAUGGGACUGAGCGUGAUUGGAUCCAUUUUCAACAUUACGGGCAUUGCCAUCAAUCGCUACUGCUAUAUCUGCCACAGCCUUAAGUAUGACAAGCUCUUCUCCAACAAGAACACCAUCUGCUACGUCAUCCUCGUGUGGGUCCUCACUAUUCUUGCCAUUGUCCCAAACUGGUUUGUGGAGUCCCUGCAAUAUGACCCUCGGGUGUAUUCCUGCACUUUUGCGCAGUCGGUCAGCUCCUUCUACACCAUCACAGUAGUGGUUGUCCAUUUCAUCCUCCCCAUCAGCAUUGUGACUUACUGCUACCUCCGGAUAUGGAUCCUUGUUAUUCAAGUCCGCAGAAGAGUCAAGCCCGACAACAGGCCCAAAAUCAAGCCGCACGACUUUCGUAACUUCCUCACCAUGUUUGUGGUGUUCGUACUUUUUGCUGUGUGCUGGGCCCCAUUGAACUUCAUUGGGCUUGCAGUGGCUGUGAACCCCAGUCUAGGCCUUGCCAUUCCCGAAUGGCUGUUCACUGCUAGCUACUUCAUGGCCUACUUCAACAGCUGCUUGAAUGCUGUGGUUUAUGGGGUUCUAAACCAUAAUUUUAGAAAGGAAUACAGACGGAUUGUACUAGCUAUUUUUAGACUGCCUUGUUGAAAGAAAGAGCUUAACCAGGACACUGUGACAAAGAAAGCAUUGUGCUAAAUAUAAACCACAGAUGUAAGGCAAUCAGAGCUCAGAAAGAGCAAGCCAGAUCAUGUAAUAAAUACAAUGAAUGUAUAUAAGAAUGCGGUAUUGAUGUCUUCAUCGGGUAUAUACAAUUGUCUCUUGUUUGUGUUGGCUGUUGGUGUAAAGUAUAUCAAUGUAUUAUGGAAAAAGAACAAGAUUUUAUUUUUGGAACUGGUCACUGAGAGUUUGAAAAGUGAAGUCUUGAAGUAUUUAUUAAAGCUACAGUCUCAUGUUAAAUUUUGCAUAUAAACACGGUUUAUCGGUGCUGUUUUACAAUCAUUAACCACUUUGUAGUAGCUUGAAUUGCAGUGUGUGAAAAUAAACUGCCUGUGUGACUAUUUAUAACCUAAUUUCCAAAGAAACAGCACACAACAGUACACCACACAGAGUGGUAUGAAUGUCUUCUGCAUUUGGCAACACAAUAUAUUUUAGGUUGUAGAUCAUACAUAAGAUACAUUAUUUCCACUCUCAUCUACUCCAUUAAUAUGAAAAUGAUGCUAAUUUUCUCUUGGCAUCGCCUGUACAGUAUAUUUUUUAUACUUCAGAAAAGAUUUGAUAAAUCCAAAGACAGUUUAAAAGCUCAAAAGGACCGCAGCUCUAAAAUUAGCUUCAAACGUCUGCACGUUAUUGCUCAUUUUCAAAUAUAAUGGCCUUCAUUGCUAGCUAAAGGAUCUUAAAAAACCUAAAAUGCUCCCCCCUCCUAAGUUAGUGAAGUUUAAGGGCAGAUAAUGGGGAUUCUGAUGUGAUUAACUUUUCUUUUGAAAGCUAAAUCCCUUCAAAAUCUUUA